AUGACACAGGACUCGGAGAUGCCGGGCGUGAAAGCUCGAGUGGCGGUUCCCUCCGCAAUCAAGGGUAGCUUCAUGUCACUUUCGCCCAAGAAGCAUCGAUCACCGUCGCCUCAGAAAUACAAGCCCAACAAGUCAGUGCAGAUCAAUCUGAAUUUGACUGAAAACCAGAUGGAUAGAUUGACCGACGUGUUCAACAGUACAAGCGAGUCGCCAUCUCGCCGUGACCGAGUGGACAACUUCAGUCGACCUCGGUCGCCCGAGCGAGACAUUGACUUCGCUGAAUCCUUCACUGAACCCCAAUCGUUGCCUCGGGGUCAUGGAGAUCCUUACCGUCAAAAAUCUGCCAAAAACGCUAAAAUCCAACAAAGACGUCUCGAGGAAGGCCAUGAAAGCGACUCCACUACUUUCUCGGAGUUGAUGCCAAGCUCACCUCCCAAGGGCCACAAGGCCAAGGGCUCUCUGGCAUCGAGUCUCGCCGAGCGCCGCCAGCACCACACACCUAAACCCGUCCACGUUCAAGAUAGUCGUCAGUAUGGGGCUAUUGUGGAGAAUGCUGGCGGCAUGCCCUCUGUCCGUCCGCCUAUAACCCCUGAUAACCCUUCUCCCGCGAAAACCGUCCAAGCAGAUUCGUCCUCCAUCUACUCUCAGAGUGAAGGCCAUCCUAGCCUUCUCCACAUCCACAGGGACGAUAUCCCGCGACACAUUAAGCAUGUGUUGGAGUCGUACAGCGGCUGGAAGGACUCAAAGGCCCCAGCGCUUGUUUCCGACGUGGGCGGCCGCGGAGGGAGCCCGCCCAAAGGUAGACUGGAAGCUCUCAAACAACCAGUCAUGGACGCAAGUGAUAUAUAUUCUCCUCUUCGGCCUUACUUCGCCUAUAAGGACCUUCCCGUCCAGAGAAUUGCGGGUAAGACCCUGAUUGGCGAGCAAGGAUGGCUCGAGCGACCCAGCAACACUCCCGACCGCAAGAGAAAGGACGGGUCCCCAAAGAAGCCCGGACUCCUUGACUACCUCAAGAAGAUUGCAAAGGGAAUGAGCAAGACUACUCGAAGGCCGAGGGAUAUGGAGAGGGAGGCGAAGGUCCAGAGAGUCACGAUCUCUCUCGAUCCCCGUGAGCAGAGUCUUCUUUACUGCGAGCUCGAGUUCCACAUUAGCAAUGCGCUGCAUGCCUACAUCACAAACGAGCUGAACCACGGCCGUCUGAACCCUGACAAACUCAAGAAAAUUGCCGAUGGAUGGACGCAGAAGGGUCGCCCACGAGUCGUGGGAUUUCGCUACGACCUGGAAACACAACUCGAUCUUGUCCAUCUACACAUUGACGAGUUCCGGUUCUUUGGUCGCCGUCAAGGCAACCCGACGGAGAUCGCCGGUCUGCUUCACGCGAUGAAGACCAACGCACGAUCUUUGCGCAUUCGCACUUACUGCCAACCUGAUUCCGUCAUCGCCAAACAGCUUGUUGACUCGCAGUCUCUCUGCAACACCAUCGGAUGCUCAGAGACUCAGCAGAUAGCCAUCGCCGAGAUAGCUCAGUUCUUCAAGGUCAUUGUGGAGAGAGAGCAGGCUUACCGAGCCGAGCUGGAUCGCGACAACUCCGCGCAAACGCUGCCGCAUGGCCAGGGUGAUCGUCAGUGGGUUCCAUCCAGGGAACUGGUUGAAGGCGCGGAUCCCUAUGGUGGCCUUCACUUGAUUCCGGACGGUUACGACGUUGGUAAGGAGACUCUUCGAUACAACAACUAA